UGCACCGAUCAUUCGCAGCCGUCAACCGCUGCCGGUCGGAUGACGUCCGGUGACGACCAGCUACGAACGAUCGGCGCGACGACUUGUCCGCCGGCAACGAGACGCACGCUGCACUCGUCGUCGUCGGCCGUGAAGAAAGUCGACGACGGCAUCGCCUUGUGGGGCGUAACGGUCCGGUCCAACUGUCAGAUUGCAUUGCCCGUCUUCGGCACACUGUUUCUGGUCGUCGGCAUAGUGCUCACAGUGAUAUCUUACGGCUGGGUAACUGGAAGCGGCGAAGACGAAUCAAAACGCAAAUUCUAUACGUCGUCGGAAAACGGACGAUUAUUGGGGCCUAUAUGUUUGGUCGUAUCAAUCGUAAUGUUCAUCGCGACAGCUGUGCUUCGGACAAUCAGUACAAAAGCCCGUUUCCGGCAAACUCGCGUCGGAUUCCACUGUCCCGUCCACGGUGAUUUCUUUCCAAUCAGUCCUGGUCCCGAUCCGAGGAAAUUUUCUUUUUCUAUGGAAAACAUUUCUGAAGACCCGUGGACGUGUAACUGCUUAAAUCGAUCGAAGGGAGACUCUCAAGAAACGUUGGCCAUCGAAGACUUGUCCCCGCAAUGUCCGCACAACGGGGCACACGGGAACAAUACUAGGAGUCCGAGUCCCGUGUCCACUUGUCCUACGCCAAAACCGUUUUUGAUAUUCACCGAUUCCGCGCACGGUGCUUGCAAGGAACUAUAUAGCGGAAACACUCUCUUCCCAGACGAACCGUUCGGAUCGAUUCGAUCUCUGUCGGUUCCCAACGAUAACUUGGCCGUGGCGUGUUUUCCGGUCGAACACAAGCCUGAACAGUACUUGAACGUACCAGAAGAUUGUUGGUCUCACAAAAGAUUGAGUUGUCCAAGUCUGCCAUCGGCGGGAGAUGAAUUUCCGCAGCCGGUUCACAAGCCUCUAACGCCACAAGUUGUAAAGGUGACGCGCGAAAUUAAAUUCGUCACGCCUGUAAACAAGAGUCCAUGAGUAUUGAUUAAUUAACCGUGUCAACUAUUCCUGUUUAUUUGAAAAUAAUUUUUUAACAUAUUUUAUGAAUUCAAUAAUUUGUGACUUUCAGAAAUGUGAUAAAUCCGUAGGUAGUAGCCAUAUUAUACUUUAGUCUUUAAGUCUAAACGCCAGUUUUUUCUACACAAAAUCUCAAGUGAAUAUUUAAUACCUAAGUAUAAAAUAAGUAAUAUUUGAUAGUAAAAUCAUUUUUGAAAUAGUAUAGA